AUGAGGUACAGCGCAAAGGUGAAGGAUGAAGACGGCAAACCAGCGUUUGCUCUCGUCAAUAAAGCGACCGGAGAAGCUCUCAAGCAUUCUUUCGGCUUCGGCCAUUAUGUUCGGCUUAUUCCCUAUAACCCGGGUUAUUUGGACGAGUCAGUGCUGUGGACGGAGAGCGAUGACCUCGGAGGCGGAUUCCACACCAUCAGGAUGGUGAACAACACCGGACUGCUGUUCGAUUCGCUUAAUUCCUCAGGUGGCGUGAGCGAAGGAAACCCUCUCGGCCUUUGGAAGUGGAACGAAGGGGACAACCAGCGCUGGAAGAUCGUCCCGUACUUUCUUUGUCCUCUUACUCUUCUACUUCUUAUUAUAGGAGAUUGUGUUGGAGAUGUUGUAGCUGCUUUUCCUUACCUGUGGGAGAUUGUGUUGGAGAUGUUGUAG